AUGGACUCCUCUUGUGCCGUUGUAAGACGACCGACUGAGACCUCGUUAUGGACCACCAUCAUUUUGGGUGAUUUUGUCAAAAACCAAGCAACCAAGCACGGACCGAAAGACAUUGCCGUUUUCCCAUGGCAAGGUGUCCGAUUAUCCUACGCUCAACUGGCUGAGCGAGGAAAAUCAGUAGCCAAAGCUUUACUCAAAGCUGGAGCCAGACCGACUGAAUGCGUUGCUGUGCUGGCUGGGAAUCGAUAUGAAUAUCUUGAAUCUGUGGUUGGAGGUGCUUUGAUCGGGUGCUCAGUCCUGGUGCUCCACACCACAUACAAGCCCUGGGAGCUUCAAAAUGCACUGGAAAAAACAAAAUGUCGUGUUCUGUUUCUCGCUUCAACCAUCGGUUCUCGUAGCAUGGAUGAGCAUUUCGAGCUCCUCAAUACCAUAUCUGCACGAUCCACUUUAUCAGGGUUGAUUCGAGUAGUUAGGCUUGGUGACGAGUCCUGUUUUGAACAAUCAACGUUGAAUGAAGAUUAUGAGAACUUUCUGUCAUCAGCUGGUGGUGUCGAGUUGGAUUCUUUAUACGAGACAGCCACUCGGUCGAUUCAACCAUCGGAUGUAGCCAGCUUGCAGUUCACUUCCGGUACAACCGGGGCAGCCAAAGCAUCGAUGUUAACACACAUCAAUAUCCUCAAUAAUGCCCGUUUCGUCGGAGAUAAUCUCCAACUCACAGAAGAGGAUAUAAUCUGCUGUCCACCCCCACUGUUCCAUUGUUUCGGGCUGGUGAUGGGGUUCAUUGCAUGUCUCAUCCACGGCUGUACAAUUGUGUAUCCAUCUGACCACUUUGAUGCCGCACGUGUUUUGGACUCGAUUGUUGACGAAAAAUGCACAGCGCUCUAUGGGGUGCCAACCAUGUUCAUCGCCGAGCUAGAGGCCAACCAAGCACGGAACCGCAAUAUUCAGAGUUUGCGCAAGGGUUUAGCAGCAGGAUCCACAGUACCACUGUCCCUGAUGAACAAACUCAAGGAGCAGAUAGGUAUUGACACGAUGCUGAUUGCAUAUGGAAUGACCGAGACGAGUCCCGUCACUUUCAUGUCCACUUUUGAGGAUCCCGUUGAGAUGCGAGUUGCGACUGUCGGACGGAUUAUGCCGCAUACAGCAGCCAAGGUGAUUGAUAAGAUGGGUCGGGUAUUGGGUAGGGGUGAGAGAGGCGAGCUUUGCACGUCGGGUUAUGUCUUACAGCGCGGAUACCUGGAUGAUAAGGACAAGACGAAUGAGGUCAUGAAGAAGGAUGAAGAAGGGGUUGUGUGGAUGCAUACCGGGGACGAGGGAACGAUUGAUGAGGAGGGAUACUGCCGCAUCACCGGACGAAUCAAGGAUGUCAUCAUUCGCGGGGGUGAAAACAUCUUCCCCGUUGAGAUUGAGGAACGGCUGCUGGCGCAUCCUUCCAUUGCGGAAGUUUGUGUAGUUGGGACUCCCGAUCAGAAAUAUGGCGAAGUUGUAGGCUGUUUCUUGAAGGCCCGGGAGGGGGCAAUUUGCAGGCCUGGUUUACAUGAGAUCCAGGACUGGGUGAGGCCUGUGAUGGGAUGGUCCCGUACUCCCCAGGUUGUCUUUUGGGUGGGCAAAGAUGGGAUUUGCCUCGACUUCCCUAAGACGGGCAGUGGCAAGCUUCAGAAACAUCUGUUGCGGGAGUUAGCUGCCGGCUAUUGCAAAACACCACUGGCAGUUUGA